AGCAAUAGUACAACCAUCCUGCAUUAAUUUCCUCUUCAUAUAUACUUUCCUACACUGCCGACUUCUUCUUCUCCAUUCUCAACCGAUUUCUGAGUUUCUAUACCUGAAAAUGGCUGAUGCGCUUGUUUCCACGCUACUAGAGAAGCUAGCUACAAUGGCUUAUGAGUACAUAGAGGACGAGGUGAAACUCGUUCUAAAUGUUAAGAAAGAAGUUGAAGAAUUCGCUGGGAAUCUCAAAGCUAUUCAAGCUGUGCUUGAGGAUGCAGAGCGAAGGAAAAUGAAGGAAGCCAACGUGCAACACUGGCUGGAUAACCUGAAGGAAAUAUCGUACCAGAUAGUGGAUGUGUUGGAUGAGUGGAACACUGACAUUCUGAGACAACAAAUUGAGAAACGAGAAAGAGAAGGUGCAACUCAUCUUGCUCCACAGAAGAAGGUAUGUUUCUCUAUUUUCGCUCGUUGUUUUGGUCAUGGCCCGGUCGGCAAGGUAAUUAGUCGUCAUGAAAUUGCUCACAAGAUAAAGGAUCUAAAUGGGGAGUUAGCUGAGAUUUAUAAGCAAAGACAAAUGUAUAAUUUUCAGCUCACUGAAAAAGUCAUUCAAAAACAGCAAACGUCGUCUUUUGUCGAUAUAUUUGAGAUAUUUGGUCGAGAAAAGGAAAAAGAUAGUUUGAUAAGGAAGUUGGUGAGUGAUACUAGUAGAGAAGGGAGGGGGCUCCUCAUCAUUCCUAUUGUAGGGAUGGGAGGUAUGGGAAAGACAACUUUGGCUCAACUAGCUUAUAAUGAUGCCAAAGUUAAAGCUCAUUUUCAAAAGAGAAUAUGGGUUUGUGUGUCAGAGCCUUUCGAUGAGAUAAAGAUUGCCAAAGCGAUUAGUGGUGAUGCUUCCUCAAGUUCAAAUGAGUUGGAUCAUGUCUUAGAAUAUAUGUCUAGAUCCAUUGAGGGGGUAAAGUUUCUUCUUGUGUUGGAUGAUGUGUGGACCGAAGACAGUAAAAAGUGGAAUCAAUUAAAGUUUUCAUUGAUGCAAAAUGGGGCUGAGGGCAGUAGAAUAUUGGUAACCACCCGAAAACAAAAUGUUGCUAAUAUGAUGAGGGCAACCUCUCAUGUGAUCAAUCUUGUGGAGUUGAGCGAACAAAAUUGUUUGUCAGUCUUUAAUCACAUGGCAUUUUCUAAUAGAGAAAUAGGCAUGUUUGAGGUGUUUGGAGAAAUCAGUGGGGAGAUUGUAAAAAAGUGUAAGGGUUUGCCACUUGUUGCAAAGACUUUAGGCAGUAUGAUGCGCAAUAAGAGAACAAGGAGUGAAUGGUUGAAGGUUCUGAAUAGUAAAAUAUGGGAUUGGGAAGAAGUGGAGCAAGAAGUUUUCCAGCCAUUAUUUCUAAGUUAUUAUGAUUUGGCCCCGAGAAACAAAUGUUGCCUUUUAUAUUGUGCUAUUUUUCCAAAAGAUUAUGAGUUUAGUAGAGAUGAGUUGAUUAAUCUUUGGAUGGCAUAAGAUUAUCUUAAUUCUAGAGAGAAUAAAGAUAAAGGAAAAAAUUGGUCAAGUUGUUUUUGAUAAUUUAGUUGCGCGAUCUUUUUUCCAAGAUUUUGAGAAACACUCUAACACUGGUGUAAUAAUAGGUUGCAAAAUGCAUGACAUUGUACAUGACUUUGUGCAAUUUAUCACCAAGAAGGAAUGUUUAAUUACGGAGGCUGAGGGUGCAAACCAUAAAAUAGAGGCAUUGUGUGACAUCCCACAUCGCCCAGAGAUGUGAUCCUUAUAUGGAUAUUCCCAUCCCUACCUAGCACGAGGCCUUUUGAGAGCUCACUGGCUUCGGGUUCCGUAGGAACUCCGAAGUUAA